GCCGCGGCGGCAGGCGCGGCCCCAGCACCGGCAGGAGCCGGGCGCCAUGGGGUGUUAGCGCAGCUGGUGCCCUCGCUCUGUCGCCGGAAGGAGCCGCCGUUCCCGCCGUGUGCCUCUCACUCCGUUCUAUUCCUUCGCCCGCCGCGCCCGUCGCCUCAAGCCCAUGAGCCUGAACGAGCACUCGAUGCAGGCGCUGUCCUGGCGGAAGCUCUACCUGAGCCGUGCCAAGCUGAAAGCCUCCAGCCGCACCUCCGCGCUGCUCUCCGGCUUCGCCAUGGUGGCUAUGGUAGAGGUUCAGCUAGAUGCAGAGCAUGACUACCCUCAAGGCCUCUUGAUUGCCUUCAGUGCCUGUACUACUGUCCUUGUUGCAGUUCACCUUUUUGCCCUGAUGAUAAGUACCUGCAUUCUUCCAAACAUAGAGGCUGUCAGCAAUGUGCAUAACCUCAACUCCGUGAAGGAAUCUCCUCAUGAGCGUAUGCAUCGACACAUUGAGCUUGCCUGGGCAUUUUCUACUGUCAUUGGGACUUUGCUCUUUCUUGCAGAGGUGGUGCUACUGUGUUGGGUGAAGUUUCUUCCUUUAAAGAAGAAAACAGAUAACCCACUCCAGAACAACAGUUCUACCAUCACAUCAGGACAGGCAGCAGCCAUUGCAUCAACAUCCAUUAUGGUUCCCUUCGGACUGAUUUUCAUUGUGUUCGCCGUCCACUUCUACAGGUCCCUGGUGAGCCAUAAAACAGACAGGCAAUUCCAGGAACUGAAUGAACUUGCUGAGUUUGCACGGCUCCAGGACCAGCUGGAUCACAGAGGUGAUACCAUCUCCUCAGCUGUCACCCAUUUUGCCUAAGCCUGUACCUAGAGAAAAUAAACCCACUGUUCUGCUUCUGCCUUGUUACCUUGACUACCCUGUGGAUGAACUUGUCGAGCAGUUGAUUACUGUUUAAAGAGAGGUUUUAAAUGUUGUUCUGACUCUUUAGGCGGGGGGGGAAAUGUUGCUCCUUUCAUAAGUUUGGCUAUCUGACAUCAGGAGUGGAUGGUGAGGUAUGCUGGCACUGUGCUGUAUCCCUCCUCUCUGAGCACUGCCUAGAUUGCUCCUUGUUCAUGCUGGGAGGGGGCUGUAUAAAUGCAGGGACAAUAACACUGUAAAAUAGGGUAUCUGCUAGAGAUGGAUAAAGGAGCUUUUUUUCCCCCCUCUAUUUAUUUGAUGUUGGCAUUUACUAGAAGAUACUGUUUGUCUGAUCCAUGUUGCAUGGCAUGAUACAAAUUACUUGGGAUGUGCAGCAAUUAGCACUUGGUUUCAGCGCUAGUGCUGCUCUCUAGAAAGGCUGACAGAUGGUUCAAGCGUAGGCUUCCCACCACUUCCCCGGGAUGGUUUGCUGCCAAGUAAUUAUUACUGCACUCAUUUCUCCAGCGCCUUUUCCCGUGGCAGUUACACAUUUUAUAACUCACUAAACACCCUUGACUAGUCUUACUGCAAUGUGGUGUGGCCACAUGAGUAGGAAUGAGACUCUGUUCUACUCUUCCUUGGAAGAAAACAAAAGCAAUAACUGGUUUGAAGUUCUCACGAGACGGCACGUAUUAUCUGGACAGAUAGAUUUGCCUGCUUUCCAUUUAGGAGUCUUUUCUUUAAAAGAAGGAACUAGAUGGAAAUUAUCACUGGAUGAUGUUUUUUUGCUUGAAAAUCAGAACCACUGCUGGCUUUCUCCAAGCCAAAGUAGUAAUCCUUUUAUACUUUUGUAUUAAAAAUGACUUUUUAAUAAUGCCAGCAGCAAAAGGUGCUUUCACUAUGUUGGAUUCCCAAGUAAUUCACUCUGCCGUGGUCUUCCCUGUUUAGACAAAGUCUUCUCCUUGCUGAAGUGUUGUGUUUAAUGACUUAAGACAUUUUUUUUUGCUCCCAAAGGAUCUGGAAGACUUAUUUUUCUCUGUGUAUUUAUUUAUGGAAGUAGGUUAUUUGUAAUUGAUAUUGCUGCUUACUUUCCAAGUCUUGUUUCUGACAGCGAGGCUACUGUGCUGGGUUAUUUCCUCUUUAAGCAAAAUCUUCCAUGUGGUCUUUCAGAUCAGGGGCUUGUCCAAGAAUGAUUGUAGCAGUUGUCCUGGGCUACUUCAGUAAUUAGCUGUGUCUAGAAGUGGAAUUGUUUGGUAUGUGGUUCUCUGGAGCUGCUUUGCGCUUUAAUGGGUACAAGCUGGUUUCUGAACACAAAUCAAGAGAGGUUCCAGGUUUAAUGGAACAAAACUUGACCUCUCUAUUGUCUCUGUGGGAUAGAAACCUGGGAUUCUGAAUUGAGACAGAUGUGAACAAUACCAAGGAGCUGUACCUGGCUGAGCCUGGACAGAGUGUGGUCUCACACCCAGCCUCCAUCUCAGGUUGUCCCAACAGGUGCUGGAGCCCUGGAGCAGGCUGCCCAGAGAGCUUGUGGAGUCUCCUUCUCUGGAGAAAUUCCAAACCUGCCUGGACAUUGUGAUCCUGAGCAACUUGCUCUGGGUGUAACCCUACUUUGGCAGGAGGGUUGGACUAGAUGAUUUCCAGAGGUCCUUUCUAACUCUCACCAGUCUGGGACUUGGUGACAUAUCUACAAACUGCAGGAUGUGUCUGUAUUUAGAGUAAGGGUGGCAGAGUGUGUUUACUACUGAAGCAGCCUCCUGAAGCCAAGGGGACUGAUUUCUCAUGUCAGCACCAGCGCAGUGGAAAGUGUUGACAAGGUUACCCGUGGUGUUUGUCUUCCAAAACAUAACUGUAAAGCAAAAACCUGCUGGGCUCUUGCUUUUAGCUUCUUUUUUCUAUCGGUGUUCUCAGUUCACAGGCAGAAAGCAGCUUUCCACUUGCUGUUUUCACAAGUCCUAGCCUACAGAGGCCAAACUGGAUUUUCUUUUGCUCUGCCAUUAUGUUGUGCUUUAAAUAUAGUCUGUUGCUGAUGUAAAUCUGCUGAUGGUGAGAGUUGUGACUCUGGUCCCACAGGUGUUUGUUCAUGGAACACUGGAAGGAGUGUGUUAGUAAAGGCAUUAAUGAAGCAGCAUUCCAAAACACAAAACUGUGGUAGUAGGCACAAUAUGUAUUUUUUCCCAUCCUUUACUGCAAUAUGAGUCCUGGCUUGGAAAAAAAGACUUUAAAAACCCCAGUAAAGGAUGAAAACCUGACUCAAAUGUUCACACUAGAGCAAAUGGUUGAAAGGGUGCUGUGAUGUUUCUGUCCAUAUAUUGUGUAGUUAAAAGUUAGUGUUCAUUUGAAUGGCAGUUCAGAAAAUACCUUUUUUUCCAUGUUUAUUUUGUAAAAUGACUUGCUGGCCUGGAUCAGUAGCUGACUGUCUCUUUUGUGGAUCUUUCCAAGUGACAGAGAAGUGUGGGAGGUGUGUUUUUGUUUUGUUUCAGAAGUACAGAAUUAGAAGCUAGUGGGACAAUCUUAUUUUAACUUUCUCAAGCUGGUAGGUUCUGCGCUAAUGGCACUGUUACUACAGCUGCUUUCUGGCUAUUUUCUGCACUUUAAGCCAUGAUAUUGAGUGUAUUUCUCUUGUUUUCCACCUGUGGAAAAAUGCUCAUGAAAGUUACACCCUGGGCACAGUCUGUGUGCUGGGGCAGUAACCAGACAAUCAAAACAUGAAGAGUGCACUUAGGACUAUUAUUUUUUUUUAUCCCUUAUUUAUACUAAUGGUAUUCUGCAUUUACCUCAAGCAUUUUAAACAUUGGUUACUGUAUAUUACUUAUUUAGUUAUAAAAUACUUCCAUGAAAUAAAAUGUACUCCAUUGUUGCUGAUUA